AAUUUAUGAGUUGUCUGCUGAAAUCCAAAACAAAUAGGACCAAAAGCAAACAGAAAAGGAAAAGGAAAAAAACUGUGGGACACUACAAGGGGCCUCCUAGCAUAUGUACCAACACAUGUUCUCGCAAAGCCGCAAGUAACCCCCUUUCUUUUUUUCAUCGCCACCCUCGAUCGUUAGUCAUUUGACACUCAUGAUAAAAAGGGCCCUCGCAUCGCACCACAUACAAACAGAGGCGAGCACACAAGUCCCCCAAGCAAGCUAAGUAGCUAAGCUAACCAUUACUCUUCAUCACUUCAUCCUCCCGCACACCACUGCGCAUCCGUGCACAGUGGAGAGUUGCCAUGGCUCAAGAGCUCCAAUUAGAAACGUCCUCUUCCGCCUCUGCCACCACCACCUCGUCGUGUACCACCUCCUGCUGCUCGUCCACUGUCACGGACUCGUCGUCUUCUUCGCCGGCGGCGGCCAAUGCCGCGCCCGCGCCACGGAAGCGGCAGGCGGCGGAGGCAGAGGCAGAGGCAGAGGCAGAGGCAGAGGCCGAGGCGGUCGAGGAGGAGGAAGAAGGUUGUGCUGGCAAGACGACGGCGCCGGCGGCGAAGAAGCGGAAGCGGAGCAGCGAGGGGAAGCACCCGACGUACCGGGGCGUGCGGAUGCGGGCGUGGGGCAAGUGGGUGUCAGAGAUCCGCGAGCCGCGGAAGAAGUCGCGCAUAUGGCUGGGCACGUUCCCGACCGCCGAGAUGGCGGCGCGCGCCCACGACGUCGCCGCGCUCGCCAUCAAGGGCCGCGCCGCGACCGCGUACCUCAACUUCCCGGACCUCGCCGGCGUGCUCCCGCGCGCCGCGUCCGCGGCGCCCAAGGACGUCCAGGCCGCCGCCGCAUUGGCCGCUGCGUUCACGUCGCCGUCGUCACCAUCAUCGGAGCCCGGCGACGAUGCCGGCGCGCCGGCGGCGCCAUGCGACGCACGCGAAGAGCCCGCCGCCGCCGCCAAGGGCGGCGCCGCGCCCGAGGAGACAGCCGCCGAGGAACGGGAACCGGUGCCACUACCACCGCCGGUCUCUCAGCCAGGGACGCCGUCGUCGAGCGGCGUGGAGGAAGAGAGGCAGCUGUUCGACUUGCCGGACCUGCUCCUCGACAUCCGGGACGGGUUCGGGUGCUUCCCGCCGAUGUGGGCCCCGCUCGACACUGACGUGGAGGAGGUGGUCAAUGCGGAGCUGCGCCUCGAGGAGCCGCUGCUUUGGGAGUAGCAGCCAGAGAUGCUUGUUGCUUGCGUUACGAGGUCUAAACAAAAACAAUAGUAGCAGUGGUAUCCCAUUUCUUCGUCUUCCUUCUCUUUUCUGUUUCUUUUUCUUUUUUUUACUUUGGAAAAAGCAGCUAGUUCUUUUGUUCUUCUUCUUUUUAUUUGGGUUAAAUAAGUAUAAACAUAUAUAAAUGAGAGAUAUAUAUAUAAGCUGUGUACUUAUGAGUGUAAGACGAGUAAGUACCUAUCAGUUAAUUAUUGCAUAUAUACUGCUAGUACCAGUAUAUGAGUAUAGUAAUAAUGUGAUCCAGUGUGUGAAUUCGAGCAGUAGUUGACCUUGCUAGAUUUUCCUACUUGCUUGUGCUUCCACUAUCCCAUGUGUGUUGUACCAAAUCCCACAAUGAAAGGACAAAAAAAGGAAUUGCACUGCUGA